AUGAGGUAUAUUUUAUCGGUUGUGGCACUGCUGGAGGCCUGUGACGUCACGAACAAUGGUCGCCAUCUUGGCCGCCAUAUUGGAUUUUACCAAGAAUUAGAAAUCAGGUUAAAACAGGUAUGGGCUCCUGGUUAAAACCGGGAGAAAUGGUAAUUUUUUGUGCUUUAAAUGAAAAAUAACACAUAAAUAGGCACUUUGCAUAAUUUUAGCCACACGAUUUACUUAUAUUGUUUAAACAAGUUGAAAAAACAUAUAUUUUUAAACACAAAAAAAUGGCUUGACCACUUGCUACUUAUGACGUCAUAUCUCGUAACCACAGCAACUGACCAUCACUGAACUUGUCUCAAAAUGUACGCGAGAGAUGAACGAUCAGCUACUAAAAUUUGUCAGGUCCUGAUGUUUUAUCCAUUAGGAAAAAACUCCGAAAAAUCUUAAAGGGGGGGUGGCAUCCAUCUCCCCUUUUAAGUACGAGGGUUAAUUCAUGGUGUCCAAGAAAUAAAGUCAAACUCGCUUGUGGUUUACAACCACAGAGCUGUAACGUAAUUAUGCAAGUUCUAUUUUCUGCCGCUGUGAUUGUCCUAAUCCCGGUUCAAUGAUUCUUGGCGCGCAAAUCUUACAUAUUAAUGAGGGCGAGGGCAAACUAGCUCUUUUUAGAAAGGAAGACAAUGUUAUACUUACCUAUCCCUCCUGCUGCUCCUUCUCCUCAUUUUUAUUGUUUUCCCUUUCCCUCCACCUCGACCACCACCAUCACCACCACAUUUCUAUUGCUUUCCCUCGUCCCCCACCACAGCCACCACCAUCACAUUCCUAUUGUUUUCCCUCCUCCACCACCUCCCUCCCCACAUGUCUUUUGCUUUUGUUUGGCCCAAAAGGUCAAACUCAAAUAACCUAUCUGGUAGGCAAAUAGUAAGAGAGUCAAAACAAUAGAAAUGUGGCGAGGGUGGUGGUGGAGAAGGAAAAACAACAGAAAUGUGGUGGUGGUGGUGGGGGACGAGGAGGGAAAACAAUAGAAAUGUAAAGGCGGUGGAGGAGGGAAAUCGCGACAAUCCUGUUUUGCCGCAAUAGCAGUGAAGAAGACAAUUGAAGUUAUUAAUUGUAAUUAAAGUUUGAGUUUCCAUGAGAACCACGAGCCUUUAAAAAACAAAGGUUUGCCUUCGUUGUACUAAACUUUGCCUUUAUAACGACCGUCGCAUACGGGAAACUGAAAAGAGGAGUGAAUGGUUAGUCCUUGCUCACAUAGAUUAAAAGUUAAAAAUCGAGCAAUCGACACUUGUAUGACGCUAUUAAGUCUGAUCAGUCUUUCUUAUUCUUUGGAUAUUCGUCAGUGCUAGUGACAGCAAGAGGGAAAAUGAAGCUGAAGAACUACAUUAUAUAAAUAAUAUGUACGUAAUAAACGAUUAAGUUUUUAAUUUAUUGUAAUUUAUUGAAAGUACAUCCUUUGGUAAACUAAGGUCAAGAUAGUUUUCUGUUAAAAGCCUUUAUUUAAACAGAGCACUGAUGACAGUGCCUAAAUCCAGAACUGAAUCGCUUAUGAACCUUUUGUGCUGCACGCAAAAGAAAUUUUUUUUGUUUAAAGUUGAUAAGGCAAAUGCUCUAUCCAAUCUACAUUUUCUUCUUCUGAAUUAGUGCUUUAAUCAUGCCAGACAAUUCUGAGGUACCUCUGGUAAUUUUUAUUUUAACAGUAAGAAUUGGGCUGCGAAAGGAAAAGUUUGUGGCCGACUUAUUGCAAAUGCUUUGCAAGAACAAUUAUUCUUAUCCGAACAGUCCUUGCUUGGCUUCCAGUCUUGUGGCAUUUAGACAAAGUUAAACAAUGGGCUAUGGGGUUGUUUAUUAUGAGCAGUUAACAAAGAAGCAGUUAUUACAAACUUUUCCUUGAUAAAUUAUUGUUAUUUUAAUCUGAUCACUAUACCUAAGGUAUAGUGAAUUGCCUUCGAAAUUAUUAGGUGAAAACGAAGAUAUAUAGAAACGUUUGUCUAUAUGAAUGUAUUCGUUACUUUAAGUUAUUCGGUUAAGUGCAAGCAGAAGCCGUUUUAAAUAUCCGCCUUGAAAAAAAGUUUGUUUUUCUUCCCCACUUAUACAGCAAAAUCUACGUUCUAGGUGUUGCAGGGCAUGUGCGAUAAUAUAAUAAACUUGGCACUGCUGAGUUUCCUUAUAACCAUAAUUACUCUAAAUGCAACCUACUUUAAAGGAAUUAAUUAUUAUAUGCCCCUACUUCAAGCUGACACGUAUGCUAUCUCCUAAUUAUAUCCAGAUACACCAAUCCCUCAAGACAAUUGUCGUUUUAAUUUUGUGCGCAGCACCGUACUGUACUGCAGCUGUACUAUAAUGCGACCUACUGCACUGCAAUUUACUGUGCUAAAAAUUAGCCAUGCUCUAUUUUACUGCACUUGAACGUAAAAAGUAACCAAAUGAUUCAACCCUUUGUCGAAAUUCAUGGCGGGCGGACGAUGGAACUUCGAUCCAAACCUGUUUCCCCAUUUUUUUUUCUUUUAAGAAGACUUCCGUUAAUUGGAAAUAUGCCUUUACAGGUAAAAGAAGGUCAAGCCAUUUUAAGCCAAGUAAAAAAAGACUAUCAAGUGUAUUAACUUACAUGUAUUCAUCUACGAUAUAUUCUAAAAAUCAAGCAUUCGAAACGUUUAGUCUACACUUUUUGGAAAAUUAUAAUUUUUGCUGGAAUACAAGGUAAUAUCAAUUUACAGUGAUAUCGCAAUUCCACACCAGCGUUCUUACCCUUGUAGAUAUCUUCAAAAACCUACCUAAAAGCGAUAAAAAAUUUACAUAACCCUACUUAUAACAUAAGGAAGGUUUCCCCUUCUACUAAAUACGAAGGUGGGAGUUUUAAGUUAUUUAUACACACAGUAUGCUUCUAACGAGCACAUUACCAGUCCUUUGUUAAUUUUUCUUAUUGAACUGAGCCGCCAUUAAACACGCAAAACCGUCGUUUUUCUCCCCAUGCUUUUGGUCAUAACGCUUUCUUCACUGCGACUCCUUUUGAAAAUGAACGUCACUUAUCCCUUUCCCCUUCACCUAACUUCUCCAGCAGAGCAUCAAGUUUACUCUGCACGCAUUCUAACUUUGUUUCAAGGUUUUGCACACAUUCUAGCUUUGUUUCAAGGUUUCUCUCCACGCAUUCUAACUUCGUUUGAAGUUUGGAUUCCACUUCGGCGAUGUUCAAUGUUAACUCCUGGCCUUGAAAAUCAAUAUCCUCCCUUGCACACAUCUGAGGCAAAUAUAAAGAAAAACAAACUUAAUCACAACACAGUCAAACGUUCGCAGCAAAGGAACAAUCAACCUGUGAUCAGAGCCGCCUUUGGUCGUCUUGAAUGA